AUCUCAUCCCAUCUCAAAUAAUACAAUAAGAUAAAAUAUAACAAAAUACAAUAAAAUACAAUAAAACAUAUCACGUCCUUUAAUCCACCCUUCUAUCCACCCUUCUAUCUCUUUAUUCUUAUAUAUUUAUAUCUCAAACAAAAUGCAAACAAUCAAAUGUGUCGUUGUCGGUGAUGGUGCCGUUGGUAAAACUUGUUUAUUAAUCUCCUAUACAACAAAUAAAUUUCCUGCAAAUUAUGUUCCAACUGUCUUUGAUAAUUAUGCCGUAACCGUAAUGAUAGGUGAUGAACCCUACACCAUCGGUUUGUUUGAUACUGCAGGGCAAGAAGAUUACGAUAGAUUAAGACCUUUAUCUUAUCCUUCAACUGAUGUCUUCUUGGUUUGUUUCUCUGUUAUAUCUCCUCCCUCUUUUGAAAACGUCAAAGAAAAAUGGUUCCCUGAAGUCCAUCAUCAUUGUCCCGGCGUUCCUCGUUUAAUCGUCGGUACUCAAAUUGAUUUAAGAGAUGACCCACUAAUCAAAGAAAGAUUACAAAAACAAAGAUUGUCUGCUAUCACUUUUGAAACAGGUUCAAGAUUAGCAAAAGAAUUAGGCGCUGUAAAAUAUGUCGAAUGUUCUGCUUUAACUCAAAAGGGCUUGAAAAAUGUCUUUGAUGAAGCAAUCGUAGCUGCUUUAGAACCACCAAUGAUUAAAAAAUCAAAAAAAUGUACAAUUUUAUAAAGGAAAAAAAAAAUAAAAAAAAAAAAGAAAAAGAAAAAGAAAAAUUAUUAAAAAUAUAUUACAAUAGUCAAUAAUUAUCAAUUGUUAAUGAUUAGCUAUUUAAAUCUGGAGAAAUAAAAUUUAUUCAAAAUUUUUUAAAAAAAAUAAAGGCAAAAAUAAAAAAAAAUUAAAAAACAUUUAACAAAAAUCAAUAAUUAAAAAAAAUCAAAAAAUCAAUCAAAAAAAUUCAGAAAACCUCCCAGAAAAAACUAAUAUUUUUUUUAUUACUAUUAUAUAUUUGUUUUGUUUUAUCUUUUAUCUAGUUUAUAUUUUUAUAUAUUUUUUUUGUUUUUUGACUUGGAUUUUUAUUCUAUUUGAUUUUGUUUUAUUUUAUUCUAACCUAUUUUAUUUUAUUUUAUUUUAUUUUAUUUUAUUUUUUUUUUUUUUUUUUUUUGACCACU